CGCUCCCCAGAGGACCCCUCACACCGGACAGAUCGACGGGCCGUGGCUUCAGGAUGCAGACCACUGACCUGGGCAGCAAGGAGCAGGGCAAGAUCUGGCACCGCAAGCCCUGCCCGGGGGCCCGGGAUGGAAUUUUGGUGAACAUCAUCCACACGACCUCCAGCUACCAUCCGAAGAUAAUACGGUUUUUGAACGUGGCCUUCGACAGCUCGGGAGACUGUUUAAUUGCCGGCGAUCACCGAGGGAAUGUCUAUGUUUUUGACUUGAACAGCAACAGGUUUACUCUGGUCCAGCGUACAAUGCAGGCGUGCACCUCUCUGGCCUUUAAUCUUCGAAGAAAGUCUGAAUAUCUUGUGGCUUUGGCGGAUUAUUCUAUAAAAUGUUUCGAUACAGCUAGCAAGGAAUUAGUUAGUUGGAUGCGAGGGCAUGAGUCUUCGAUAUUUUCGAUCUCCGUCCACUCCUCAGGAAGGUACGCGAUCACUACAUCUUCCGACACAGCACAACUUUGGGAUCUGGAUACGUUCCAGAGGAAAAGGAAACUUAACGUCCGUCAGUCCGUAGGAAUACAGAAGGUUUUUUUUCUUCCAUUUAGUAAUACUAUAAUCAGCUGUUUUCAAGAUGAUACCAUCUUUGCUUGGGAAUGUGAUACUCUUUCUUGUAAGUACCAGCUGCCAACUCCACCUGAGGGACCUAAUUUUCAUUACAAAGUCUUCGCUGUUACCAGAGAUGGUCGGAUUCUUGUUGCUGGAGGUAAAUCAAAUCACCUUCAUUUGUGGUGUCUGGAGACUAAACAUCUGCUAAGAAUCAUCCAGAUGCCAACAAAAGUUCGAGCCGUUCGAAAUCUGGAAUUUCUUCCUGAUAAUUUUGAUGCUGGUUCUAAUCAGGUUCUGGGGGUGCUGAGUCAAGAUGGCAUCAAGAGGUUUAUCAAUAUUCAGACCUGCAAACUUCUCUUUGAUAUCGGAAGCCACGAUGAGGGUAUCACCUCAUCAUCAAUUAGUCCAAACGGACGGUAUAUCGCAGCCGUGAUGGACAAUGGGAGCCUGAAUAUCUACAGUGUCCAGGCUCUGACCCAAGAAGUAAACAAGCCACCGCCCUCUCUGGUCAAAGUGGUUGAAGAUUUAUCUCUGAAUAAACCAGAUCAACUCAGGAUGAAAGUGUCUUCUGGGAGGGUGCGGAGACCAUGGAAAUACAAAGAAAGUAAAGCUGAAAACAGAGUAUUAAAACUUAGUGACACAAACAUAUCGUUGGAAAAUAAAGAGAAUGAACUUCCAGAUGGAUUAAGCAAAAAGCGCCUGCAGUCCCUACUGAAAGGAUAUGGAGAAUAUCCUACCAAGUACAGGAUGUUUAUUUGGCGUGCUCUACUACAACUGCCUGAAAAUCACUCAGCGUUCAGUAGCCUGAUAGAUAAGGGGUCACACUCGGCAUUUCUGAAUCUUCAGGAAAAAUAUCCUAUCAAAAGUAGGAAGCUGCUGAGAGUCUUACAGAGGACCCUUUCUGCAUUAGCCCACUGGUCUUCCAUCUUCGGGGACACACCGUAUCUUCCCCUGUUAGCAUUCCCAUUUGUAAAACUAUUCCAAAACAACCAUCUUGUCUGUUUUGAAGUUGUUGCGACUCUCAUAGUUAACUGGUGUCAACAUUGGUUUGAAUAUUUUCCCAAUCCUCCUAUCAACAUCCUCAGUAUGCUGGAAAAUGUUUUGGCACAUCAUGACAAGGAACUACUGCAACACUUCAUGAAAUAUAAUGUCACUUCCCAGUUAUAUGCGUGGCCUCUUCUAGAAACUGUGUUCUCAGAGGUUCUAACAAGAGAAGAAUGGCUGAAAGUAUUUGAUAAUGUGUUUUCCAAUCAUCCGUCCUUUCUUCUGAUGACCGUUGUGGCCUACAACACAUGCUCCCGAGCUCCUUUACUUAACUGUACUCAAAAAGAUGACUUUGAGUAUUUCUUCCAUCAUCGUAACAACCUGGAUAUAAAUGCUUUACUAAGAGAAGCCUACCGUCUCAUGGACGUCACCCCUGCUGAUAUACACCCACGUCGAAUGCUAGAUGACUUUGUCCCGUUGACCAAAGGACAGUACCCCGUAUUUAAUAAAUAUCCCAAGUUCAUCGUGGAUUACCAGACCCAGGAGCGAGAGAGAAUAAGAAAUGAUGAAAUGGAAUACUUGAGAGAGAGGCAGUUAGUUCAUGAAAUGGAAGCAGAAACCCUCCAACGGAAAGUUGAAGAUGAAGCCUGGUACCGAAAACAGGCACUGCUUUGCGAGGCCGAAGAAAGGAGGAGAGAAAUCCUUUUGGAAGAAGAGGAGAAGUUGGUAGAACAAAGACAGAGACUAGCUGCAAUGAAGAGAGAACUGAAAAUAAAAGAAUUGCAGCUUCUGGAUGCAGCUCGAAGGCGGUUUUUGAAACAUCAACAGGGACAGCGUGAAAUGGAACUAAAAAGGCUGGAUGAUGAAAUUGGAAGAAAGAUGUCCAUGAGAGAUCGAGAAACUGCUUCUACAGCUAAGGACAUAGAAGUUCGGCAGAUGGAACUGGAAUCUCAAAGACAACGUUUUGAGCAGCAACUUGCUAGAGAUGCAGCGGCUGCUGCCCAAGAAGUCAAAAGUGACUUAGGUGCCUACCGAAGAAAAAUUGACCGUGAAGAGCACAUGCUCCAGAGACUGAUAGAAACGGACCAGGCUGAGAACCUGAGAGCUCAGAAGGUGAUUGAAGAAAGCCUGGCCAAAGCUGAACAGACAUGUGUUGACACUAACUGGCGAAUCCAGACUUUGUACAAGCAGAGAGCUGAUGACCUGGAUCGCCAAGAGCAUUACCAGGAGAUAGCAAAACUCCUGCGAAAUAACCGGAUUAAAGAAACAGAACUCCUAAAUGCUAUGAAGGAAGAGGAAGCUAAAAAAUGGGAAGAGGUGGCGGAGAAACAGUUGUCCUUGGAGGCAGAGCAACUAGCUGCUGCCGCUGCCGACACAUCCAGAAAAGAGUUUUUCGAACACGAGAUGAAUGACGCCUUAGGGCUGGCUGAGAAGCUGCAUGAUGAGGAUGAAUAUUUUGAGAGGCUGCGGGACUUAGGCAAGAGGGAUCCACCUAAACGAAACUCGUCAGAUUCCCCUUCUGGAAAUACCUGUUUAAAAGAUAUUUAUUCAGCACACAUUUCUUUGGAUAGGCGGAGAGAAGAGUUGGAAAACAAAGAGCGAGAGCUGAUGGCAGAAGUGAGAGAAUUGCGGCAUAAACUCAGCGCCCGGCACCAUAAUCCUGGCCCCUUUUUCCCAACAACAACCCAGUGAGUGUGCACAAGGAGAUCCGGAUCCCCCCACUUCAUCUGUUCAUCACCGACUCCCCAAGGAUUCGGGUGUUAGGAGAACAAAGAUGGCAACCUUUAGAUGGUUUUUAAGUUUUAUAAAAUCAUUUUGUGAAAGUUGAAUUUUUUUUUAAAAAAAAGGUGUUUGUUGUUUUAAAACCUGACUUGUUUGUAAGUAGUUCUUUGCAUUGUCAAAAAUAA